AUGUCUCGUGGACGCGGUGCAGCUUCCGGUACUAAGUACAGGAUGACCUUGGGUCUCCCUGUUCAAGCCAUCUUGAACUGUGCUGAUAACUCUGGUGCCAAGAACCUUUACAUUGUUUCCGUUUUCGGUACUGGUGCUCGUCUUAACCGUCUCCCUGCUGCAAGCUGUGGUGAUAUGAUUCUUGCUACUGUCAAGAAGGGUAAGCCUGACUUGCGUAAGAAGAUUAUGCCUGCCAUUGUUGUUCGUCAACGCAAGGCCUGGCGCCGUAAGGACGGUGUCUUCCUUUAUUUUGAAGACAACGCCGGUGUCAUUGUCAACCCCAAGGGUGAAAUGAAGGGAUCUGCUAUCACUGGUCCUGUUGCUAAGGAAUGUGCUGAUCUCUGGCCCCGUAUUGCUUCCAAUGCAGGCACUGUAGUUUAA